AUACUCUCUUUGUCCUCUAACGCCUCUAACAUCUCUUCUGCUCUCUUUCUCAACUGUCAGCAUCAGAGGCUCCUCAAGCACUAUGUCUGGGGCUGCACUGUAUGUGUCUUUGCUGUGCUUUCUUUCUAUCUGCUCGGCCUGUUACAUCUCUAACUGCCCAAUAGGUGGCAAAAGAUCCCUGAUAGAUGCACCAGCUCACAAGUGUAUGGCGUGUGGUCCCAGGGACAGGGGCCGCUGCUUUGGUCCCAAUAUUUGCUGUGUAGCAGGUUUAGGCUGCUCUGUGGGCUCUCCUGAAGCAGCAAGCUGCAUGGAGGAGAACUACAUUCCCAGUCCAUGUGAGAAUGGAGGGAGUGCAUGUGGAUCUGAGGGGGGACGCUGUGCUGCUCCAGGUGUCUGCUGUAACUCAGAGAGCUGCAGCACUGAUCUGUCAUGUCUAGCUGAUGAUGAAUCUGAUCCAGAGAGCAGUUAUGGCCCUGGUGCAGAUCUCCUCAUGAAACUGCUGCAUCUGUCCACACAGCAUUUGUCCAACAGAAUUCACCAGUGAGCCUCUGUGAAACCAGCACUGUAUUUGUCUGAUUUUUAUAUUACUGGAGCUCUUCACUGGCUCUUAUACACUAUAAUGCACUCCAAUUUGAAAUGGCUUUAUGUCGAAUAUAAUUAUGGUAUCAUUUAAAGAUUAACAUGUAGUGGCUAUGGUGGUUACUGACUUAUUACAGUUAUGUUGAUAAUAAAUGUAGUGAAAAUAUAUUCUGUGUCACUUGUGCAACUAUGUUUAUUGGAGGCUGAUGUCAUUUGGAUUUGAUGUCUAUAAAAAUAAGCAUGUUGUAAAAGUACACAAUCAAUUGAUGAGGCCAAUAUGUUCACGUGUUAUCUUCCUUAACGCUGUUAUCUGGGUUAAUGAAUUUGGUACAGGCAGCUCACUUUAAAUGGUAUUACUAUAUUAUAUAUGUGAUUU